AUGACCACGAACUCCCUUUUUAUCGGCUACAUACAACUCGCCUUAGCGACUAUAGCCAUGCUUCUAUCUACAGCGCCAUAUCCUUCCCAUCCUCGACCUAUUAAGCCCGGGCGUACUGUUUUUUGGGUUGGCGGGGCCCAGGCGGUCUUGACCUGGGUCAGCCUGUUCCUACUGCUGCUAGAAGCACUCUCCGAAUCAACCCCUCAGGACCUUGCCCCCUGGAACACCACUUUUUGUGUCAUUACGGCCACUGUUCAGUUCGACAGACUCCUCGACGACAGUUCACGUAUUUGGACCCCUUAUGUAUGGAGUUGGGUUCUAGGUAUCUGCUACGAAAACCUACUUAUUUGGUCUCAUCUCAACGGCUCCUUCGACAUCUGGUCAUACCUCCGACUCAUAUUCGCGGUGUGCAAGUGUGUAGGCUAUGCUUCCUACUUAGCCUGUCUCAUCACUAGCUCUAAGAGUCACGAAAGCGUUCCACAAGCCGAUAAGCCCCACACACCAAAUAGAUCUACGAUCGACCCCGACUCGUCCGGUUACAUAAAUCGAACGGCCGAAGAGGAAAUACGAGAAGUCGGCGGUAUCUUCCCUUGGUUGAAGAAAUUCAGAAUAUUCUGGCCACAUAUAUGGCUUACUGGAGAUCACUGGUUGCAAUGCUGUCUUGUCCUAUCUGUUAUUAUCUCAGUGAUCGAGAAAUACCUGGCCGCCUACAAAUCAUCCCUUUUGUCUCGUCUUGCCAACCUGCCCAACGAAGCAGCAAGCUGGCAAGAAAUCCGAUUCCCAGUGCUUGCCUUAACUUUUUUGACACUGUUACAGUCGAACGUUGCAUUACAGAACCUCAGGAGCUGGCUGUGGAUGCAAUACGAAACCUCUCGCAAUAGGCGCGUCAGAAGCAUAACAUAUGCAGCAAUCAUGAGACUCAGCUCGGCUCAUCACAGAAUCGGCAACUCAGCUGCAAUAAUCGCUGACGCUGAUCGUGGGGAAGGAGUUGUGAGCAUACUUGACUCACUCUUCUUGACUCUCAUCCCAGGACUUGCCUCGUUCGUCGUGGGCUCUCACCAUAUGGUCCAAAUAUGUGGACCGUUUGUUAUCCUUGUUUUGAUGGUUUGCUGGAUUCUUUUUGCGAUCGUUUCAAGGAGGAUGACGAAGGGUCUACUCGCCGACGGGAAUUCCUACACAGCCACCGACCGAGAUCUGACCCUGCACCGGCACGAUAGCAUCGAAAGCUGGAGGACGGUUGCGAACUACAACAGAAUCCAGUCUGAAAUCAGGCUUAACACGGUUAAGGGGGAGGCAGUGGACAAAGACUACUGGACGUAUCUCUAUACGUGGUACCAAAAAUCCAUUUUUGUGGAAUCUAUUCUACUUACAGGACAGUUUCUUGGGUUGAUGCUUGUGGUACAUUACGUUGUUUAUGGGAAGAGCACGGUAGGGGAUAUCAUCGCCUACCCUACCUACUGGUCUAUGACCACUCGAGUUAUGUCGAUCUUUCAACAGGAGUGGCCAAAACUGGCACAGAAGCUGCAGCACGCUUGUUACCUCAGACGCCUCCUGGAGCUUCAGACCUCAACGAGGGAAGGAUCGGAUAGUCUGGUGAACAGAGAACAGAAAGACCGAGGAAAACAGAAAGGUCCAGCAUCGUUAGAGCUGAGAAACGUCAGUUUUGAAUAUAUGCAGGGGCAGCAGGUCCUCCGAGAUGUCAACAUCCGAAUUGCCCCCAACACAACUAUCGCUCUCGUUGGGGGUACAGGUGUAGGCAAAAGCACUAUCCUCAGUCUAAUUGUAGGACAUCUCAGGCCUAGUAAGGGAAUCGUUCUGAUUGAUGGGAGAGACACUGCUGAGAUGGACGACUUUUCCAUUCGACACCAAGUCAAGAUUGUUGAGCAAACAGAUCGCAUACUCGACAGAACAAUCGCAGAAAACGUCCGAUAUGGAAAACAGGACGCGACCCAAGAGGAGAUAGAGGAGGCCUGUCGCAAGGCAUGCAUUCAUGACGAUGUUCUGAGAUUGCCCAAAGGAUACCAGGAUAAAAUUGGGAAGAAUGGAAGGCAAGUUGCACAUAACAGUAACUUUUCUGGCGGACAAAGGCAACGGAUAUUGCUUGCUCGCUUGUUUCUUUCGAAUCCAAAAAGAAUUGCAGUAUUGGAUGAGGCAACAAGUGCACUGGAUACUCUUACUGAAGCCUCUAUUAAGAGAAACAUGGAAGAGGUGUUCAAAGAAAGCACUGUGAUUAUAGUUGCACACCGACUGCCCUUUAUUAAGGACGCCCACAAAAUAUUAGUGCUUGGUGAUGAAGGAAAGAUUGUUGAGGAGGGAUCCCACAAGAAUCUCCUUGGGAGAAAAGGAGAAUACUGGAAACUUUGGAAUAACGAAGUAGGAGAGGCAAGAACGACUUAG